GAAUGGACAAACCUAGAAUAUUAAAAAAUCUGCAACCAUUGAAAAUACAUUAUCCAGAAAUUUAUAAUAGAUGUAAUAAUUUGGUGGAGAGAAUUGGGGAGAGACCCAGUGAAGUUUUUGAUUCAAUCAAUAGCUCAGAUGCGUCCGAAAAACAAGCAGGAAUUUAUUUAAUUUUAUGUUUGGCUGAUGCUAGUUUUGAUGAGGAAACAACAAAAAUUACAAAUUUUGCUAGAAAUUUGCUUCGUAUGUUAACAAUGAAUUCACAAGAGUCAGUUAUUCGAUUGGCGUCAAAAGCUGUUGCUUAUCUAAUUUUGACUUCAAAAUCCUACGCUGUAGAAUUAAUGGAAGUUGCUUUAAAUCAAUGUUUUGAAUGGUUAGAAGAACAACAACGAAGUGAACAGCGUCGACUUGCAGCUGUUAUUCUUGCCAAAGAUUUGGCUAUUUUCACACAAUCACAUUUUUUUCAACGUGCCAAUCAAUUUUUUGCAAACAUUUUUAAAUGUAUUAGAGAUUCAAAACCAAAUUUGAGGUUGGCAGCAGCUGAAGCAUUGAGGGCUGGUUUAGCAGUUACUUCACAAAGAGAGACUAAACAUAAAAAUGAAUGGUACAAUAAAUGUAUCAAAGAAGCAUGCCAAUUUGAUUUCCCUACAAUUUCUCGUGAUGAUAUUUUACAUGGUUCUUUACUUAUAUUCAACGAAUUACUUCGAAUAGCCAAUUAUUCACACGAAAAUGCUCGUCUACAACUUGUUGGAAUUACUCAACAUUUUAAUAAAUCACGUUCUUCAAUUAUUGGACAAAGCCCUAUUGAAUGGCUUUUAGAACCUAUUCAACCACCAACUGUAGAAUCGAGAACUGCGAGGACUUUAAUUACAGAUUAUUUUCAAGAGAUUGUCAAGAAUUGCUUUGAGGCUCGCAACAGUAAAACCCCUUAUUGUCAACUUAUUCUUUUGGAACUUUUUCCAAGAUUGGCCAGUUUUUCUGAUAAUAAUGGACAACAAUUGUUUUGUUACGUUCCUGAAGCAGCAGAACAUUCUUUGGCUUUGGUAGGGAAAUAUCCCGAAGCUAUGCUUACUUUGGGAUUGUUAGCCCUUAGCAGGCCAUUAGAAAUCAGAUCGAAAAUUGCUCCUAUUCUCAAUAUAUUAAUUCAACAUAUGCAUUUGGCCGUUUCUAAAAAAAAGUUGGUUCAUGACAAUGAUUUUAAAUGUCUAUCGUUGGUUGUACGCUCUCAACUUUCCUACCUUUGUGAAAAAAUUCGUGAAUUGCUUCCUCUUUUCUUUUCUACUGGAAUAUCUGAAGGCUUGAUAACUGUUAUGCACGACAUUAUUAAUGCAAUCCCAGAAUUAAAGGCUGAUGUUUUCGACGGUUUAAUGGAUCAACUUUAUCACUUGCUUAUGGACAGACCGAGACCUAGCAAAUUAGCACCUCCUACAGCUCCACCAAUUCCUGCUGGACCUAUUCAACCCGUCAAUAUUCCACAAACAAAAUUGGCAUUAAAAACACUUGGAGAAUUUAAUUUUUCACGUCAUUCACUUCAAAUGUUUUUGCGUUAUGUGGCUAUGGGUUAUUUAAUUAGUGAUUCAGUAGAAAUUCGUUUAACAGCAGUUUAUAGUUGUACAGAAAUGUUAAAACCUUUUAUCAUGGUUUAUGAAAAUGUUGAAAAUCAACAAAAGGCUGAAGUUUACAAUUUAAUUAGAAAUGUUUUGGAAUGUCUUGUUAAAACUGCUAUUGUUGAUACUGAUUUUAAUGUUCGUCUAAGUGUACUCGAUUGUUUCUGUAAUAUGGAUCAAAAUUUUCUUUUUCAUCUUUCACAACGUGAAAUGCUUGGUACAAUAUUUUUGGCAUUGCAUGAUGAAAAUUAUCAAGUUAGAGAACAAGCUGUUGAAUUACUUGGAAAACUUUCUGAUUUAAACCCUUCUUUUGUUUUUUUAAAAUUUCGAAGAAUUUUACUUGAAAGUAUUUCGCAAUUGGCAAAUUCAAAAACUUUAAAUAAUGAAGUACAAGGUGCAAGAAUGAUUGAACAUUUAGCUAGACAGUCACCUCGUUUCAUUUCUGCCUAUAUGCAUUCAAUAUUACUCGUAUUAAUCCCUCAUUUAAAAAUUGAUAAAAGCAUUGGUGGAAGUAGUAAUGUAGAAGUUACAGUCCAUGUUUUAAAUGCAGUUAGUGAACUUUCAUUAAUUGGAGGUUUGGAAAUGGUUCGGUCUAUAGACAAAUUUUUUCCUCCUAUUAUUGCUUUUUUACAAGAUUCUACAAGUUUGAAUAGACGUGAGGCUGCUCUCCGUGCAAUGGGUAGAUUGUGUCAAUGUGUUGGUUAUGUUGUUGAACCAUACAAAGAUUAUCCUGAUUUAUUAGAAAUUUUGUUACAAUUAUUAAAAACUGAGUUGUCUAGUUCAAUGCGAAGGCUUACAAUGCGUGUACUUGGAAUUAUUGGCGCUUUGGAUCCAUAUACCUACAAAGUUUAUAUUGGCAAAGUCCACUCACAUAUAAGAUCUCGUUCGCUUGCCUUAACACUUCCAAAUUCUGGAGAAACAAAUGAAACACACGGAAUGGAUAUAAUUACUUGGAUAAAUUAUGAACGUUUAACACUUGCUGAAUAUUACCCAGCUUUAUCAAUUUCCAAUUUAAUUUUAAUGUUACAAGAUCCUCAGCGUUGUUCUUUGUUUCAUAGAGAAAUAAUGCAUACUAUAUUACAAAUUUUUACAAAUUUGAGAAAUCGUCCACAAUAUUUGGGACAGGUCAUUCCCCCACUUAUUUUAAUUACUGAACAAUGCAAACCUCAAUUAAGAAGUUUUUUCCUCAGUCAAUUUUCACGUUUUAUUUCAAUUAUUAAUUUACAAUUGCAACCAUAUAUGACACAAUUUUUUUGUUUAAUUGCUAAAGCUUGGUGUUGGAGUGAUAAUGAUGAUCUUAAAGGUUUCCCCUUUAAUUUUAAAGACAAAUUUUGGCUUGAGUGUCCGCAACUUUUUUGUCCGCAACUCAGAAUUUUUAGCUUUUCCUUAGGAGAUGAUUUUUAUAAAAAUAUGUAGUUCAAAAUUUUUUUUUUGGAAAAAUAUUCGUCCUAAAAUCUCUCCUCCCUCAAUUUUAAUGGGGGGAGGAGGAGGAGGAGAGAUUUCCUCUCUGAGAAAAUGAGAUCUCCUCCUUCCAUUUCCUCGAACAAAAUGCCCCUUUAAAAAGUUGGGUGAAGAAUAGUAUGUCUGGGUAUUCAAUUAGAGGUUUUGGGGGGGUUUUCUGGAAGUGGAGGAAAUGAUAAUUUUGGAGGUGUACAAAUUCAACG